AUGGGAGCAAUUAUAUAUAGUUUUGAUGCCCUCAAUUUUUAUGGUAUAUGUAGAACAGUUGCUAUCAGUCUAUGUCCUUUAAUCGGUGAACAAGAUGGAAUUGAACCUGUUUGUUAUUCUCGUAACGUUGAAUUAGCUGGAAAUAUUAUAUUUCAACCAUCUACUUUAAUUAUGGAUGUUGUUGCUAUUAUUAUGACAAUGAUUAUGAUUUAUCACAUUCGCUCUAAAUAUACUGCAGUUGGUCGCCAAGAAAUUGUCAUGUUUUUUUAUAUGUAUAUGCUUACUGCUUUACUUGAUAUGUUGUUAGUUACUGGUAUUAUUCCUAUCUCAUCAUCUGCAUAUCCUUGGUUUACAGCGAUUUACAUCGGUUUAACUUGUUCAACAUAUUGGUGUCUAUUAUUAAAUGGAUUUGUUGGUUUUCAAUUUGCUGAAGAUGGUACACCUUUAUCGCUUUGGUCAAUUCGUAUUAGUUCAUUUAUUUGGUUUAUUGUAACUGGUUUCCUUGCUAUUGGCACAUUUAAAGGCAUUGGAGCACUUUCUUAUAAAAAUCAAGCAUUCUUAUGGAUAUUUUAUAUUGUCUUGAAUUAUGUUAUGUUCUUCAUCUAUAUCGUUUCACAAAUUAUUUUGGUCAUCAAUACGUUAGAUGAUCGUUGGCCAUUAGGUGAUAUUUUAUUUGCUGCUGCUUUUUAUGCUAUCGGUCAAGUUUUGAUGUAUGUAUUUUCAGUAGCUAUCUGUGAUAAUACCAAACAUUAUGUAGAUGGCAUGUUCUUUGGUGUUAUUUGUAAUCUUUUAACUGUCAUGAUGAUUUAUAAAUAUUGGGAUUCAAUCACUAAAGAAGACCUUGAAUUCUCUGUGGGUUCAAAACAAAAUGUAUGGGAAGUGAAAGAAUUAUUAGCUGAAGAUGAAUUGGCUCAAUCUUAUGCUAGCUAUCAACAACCUAUUCCCGCUACACCUCAGCAUUAUCAACCUUAUGAACAACAACAUCCUUAUUAG